AAUACGCUGGAGUGAAGCGCUACGGUGUUGUUUUGGCAGGAGGUUCAACAGAAUUAACCGUUUCAUCCGAAACCCGUUUUGUCGUGUAUAUUUGGUAUAUAUUCGAUAGGUAAUAUCGUACUAAUCAUGCCCGGACAGGAGUCGGUUACUGUGGCGAUCGGUCAGCAAAAAUCAUCUUGUUUUGUCUUAAAGAAGAUCAAGAAUAUUCCGCCUCCAAACAUACUGGAGGGUCAAGACGACGAUAUUGAGAAGGAGAAACAGAGUGCGGGUAAUGAUGGGGCGGCAGGUGGGGGCGACAGUGGUGUUUCGGGGGGCGUCUCAGCCUCGCUCACCCCCACCAUCUGGGACAAGACCAUCCCGUACGAUGGUAAGACCUUCCACCUGGAGUAUAUGGACCUGGACGAGUUCCUGUUGGAGAACGGCAUUCCCGUGACUCUGGAGGAGGAGUUGAGUAAAGGUCUGGAGAUGGAGCGGCGUGGGGGCGAGGCAGACGAGUCCUCCACCGCUUCAGAGGAACCAGCGGCUGUCCCAGAGAUGCCUGAGGAGGAAGAAGAGGACGAGGAGGAGACGCUCACUGAUGCAGCAGAACUGGAGUUGACGGAGACUGCAGAAACUGAGACGACGAAAACCAAAGCUGAUGCAGAUCGAGUGACGCCCACCCCAACCGACCCGGAAGAGAUCGAGGUGAACAUGACCUUCCAGCCCGACCCCACAGACCUGGUUCUGUCCAGCGUUCCCGGAGGAGAACUCUUCAACCCCCGAAAACAUCGCUUCUCAGAAGACGAGCUGAAACCACAGCCAAUGAUCAAAAAAGCCAAGAAGGUGUUUGUUCCUGAAGAUGCAAAGGAUGAUAAGUAUUGGUCACGGAGGAAGAAGAACAACGUGGCAGCAAAACGUUCGCGUGACGCUCGCCGUCUGAAAGAGAAUCAGAUCGCCGUACGCGCCUCGUUCCUGGAGCGAGAAAACGCGGCAUUGCGACAGGAAGUGGCCGAGUUGCGGAAAGACUGUGGCCGCUGCAAGAAGAUCAUGUCCCUGUACGAGGCCAAAUACGGAGCGCUGUAAGGGACAAAAUCUACCAAGACUCAACGCAAUCUCCCCAGAAAAAUUCACACCAUUUCCGCAUCUGGGGAUUAUGGGUAAUUCAGUUGCAUUUGAUGAGUGGACGAGUGGACACUAGAGCACACAUUUAAUUCUGUAGUGUUUUCAAGAGUUUCAUGUUCAAUAAAAAUCAGGAAGUGGGAGGGGUUUUAAGAGACGCAAAGGUCUCUAUUGACGUGAAAAUGCCGUUGAGCGAGAAAUCCACCCUGAAAAAACUCAAAAAACAACGUAAAGUCACCUCACAAGGCAUGAAAUCUACCCUUUGACAUCGGUCAUACCUCAUUCCACUCCUCCCUACGACCCCAGUGUGGCUGCCAGACAGACCUUCACUUCGACUAGCGACGAAAGCGGCGAGUUUAUCGCUGCAGUCAGUGUGAGAGAGAUCUGGCGCCCUCUGUGGCGGAACGGAGGAAUUGCAGACAGCGGAAAUCAAGCGUUAAGAGAUGGAGGUCAGAAUGAGAGUUGUUUUUGGUCAAGGUAACAGUGACCUUCCAGUUUGUUCCAGGUUUUGUCGCACUGAAAAGAGUUUCCUCCCCUUGUUUACACUUGACACAUGUCUAUGUUUGUGUACAAAGAUGUAAAGGAGGUUUUCUCAACGUGACGUGGGUAGUUUGCCGUUAGUAGAAAAAAAGUGCAUGACCCACUAUAUGAAGCAAUUGUUUUGUGUUUUUUCUAUAAAAACGAGUGCUAGUGAGCUUCCAGAGUGCAAGCGAUGACAUCAGUAGGCUCUUUGUGGUUGAUGGAGGCGUUGCCCCUCUGUCAGACCCAAAGAGACGAAAGAUGAGUCCUUCGUUUACAGGACUGUAAACAUACGCUUGUAUCUCUCCACUACACUUUUUCUAAGGUGGUGUUGUUCUUCCAGAAUAAUAAUAUGUACAAGUGUGAUAUUUCUAUUGUGCAGAUUAAGUUACCUUAUAGUGACUGUAUAUCUUCUACCGAGUGCUUCUACUCUGUUAUAAUGCAUCUUGAUGGUGACAAGCAAAAAAUUAUUCAGACAAUAACGAAACAUUUGUCAGUUUUAACUGGACCGUUUGUGCAGGGAUUUUAAUUGUAAGUUGACUAAUCAACUAGAUUGUUUUUUUUUAGUUUCAGUGUUUAAUUCAAGGCAAUAAUACGUCAUUCAUCUUUACCUCAGAUUAGAUAUCGCUGCCAAGUGUUGUAAUAUAAUUGUGUUUUUAUUCAUUCGCAGUGCUCUUCUUUGAGAGUACUGUAGAAUCAGGCAGCUGUUGUGUGCGCGAUAAACGUGCGAUUAAUGGGCCUCAUUCAUGAAACGGGCUCAGAACGAAUUUCUGUGUUAAUGGUUUUGUGCGCAAAUUAACGCAUUGCUUAAAAUCUCACCGAAAUUCUUGUAUUCUGUGUGAUUUUUUGGUAAAACCAUAUUCAUGUCGAUUUUUGCUUUGCGAAACUUCUAUAAAUUGUCACGUUCUGUGGAAAUUCUUCGUAAAACCAUUCUUGCGUCAAUUGUCGCAUUGCAUAAAAACCCAUGUACAUUUUGGAAAUUGUCGAAUUCUGUGUAAGUCGUUCACAAAAUUAUUCAUAUUCGUAAAUUGAUUGCGCUAAAACUUACAAUGUGACAUUCUGUGUGAAUCGUUCAUAAAGCCAUUCUUAUCAAAUUGUCGCAUUAAGUAUAAACAUAAGUACAUUGUCGAAUUCUGUGUAAGUCGUUCAUAAAAUUAUUCUUAUGUAAAUUGAUGCAUUGCGGUAAUUCACAUCCUUGUCCUAUUUCGUGUGAAUUGUUUGUGAAACGGUUCUUACAUCAAUUGUUGUGUUGCUAAAAACAAAUGUAAAUUGUUGAAUUCCAUGUAAAUCGUCCUGUUAAUUGAUGUACUGCGUUAAAAGUUCAAUCGACAUAUUCUGUUAAUUGGUUUUACGAAGGAUUUACACAGAAAUCUGCGUGUGUUUUAUGAAUGACGCCCAAUGUGUGAGAUGGUUCAAAAACAUGGGAAUUAUUUCCUUUUAUAUAUUUUUUUGGACAUUUCUUGAUAUAAAACUGUAUUCUGAGUCAGUGACAUUCGCAUAAUCAGCACGAGUAUCAUUACAGUCCCACAAGCGUCAUUCUUCACUGUUAUUCCAGAGAUCGUGAACCGGACGUGAGAUUUACGAAGCGUUUAGGGAUUGUAUUUUUAAAUGGUGGAAAAGCCAUAACGGGCUUCCAGUUUGUAAGCAAUGUAUUCAAGCUGUCACGGUUUGUUUCUGCAUAAAAUUCUCCACAAAGUGUACUUACAUCUUCAUUAUUCCACUGAAAACCAACAAAACGUUUUUUCUUUUGGGGGUGGCAACAAUGUAUUUUCAUGGGUUGGGUUUUAAGGGACGUUAAGUUUGGUUUCUGUUUGUGAAACUGAUAUUUAAAGGAUUGUGCUUUUUUAAAAACAAAUGUGUUUAUUAACGGAGUGUUGCAUGCUGAUGUCAUAGUGACUCUGUGCAGUGGGCGUGUCCUUCCAUCCACACAUGGAUAAAAACUUUUGUUUAAUGUAUUCUACAAACCAGACACAUCUAGAACUUUCUACUGUCAAUCACUGUGUGUCCAAAAUCUUCAAGAACUAAAUGUAGCCGGGUUUGUUCGUAUGCUUUUAAAAGGCCAGUUUUUGCGACAUCAGAUGAAUCCAAUGCAGUUCUUCGUCUUACCUCAGUUGUGCAAAUGUUUGCCGUUACAUUUUACUUUCAGUUUGAGCUUUAAAUCUGUUUGUUUGGUGUGGGACUACAUACGGAAGUGUAGCAGUCGGACUCAGUCUCGCUCAAAUGGAAAUCUGAUGUAUGGAAGGCAAUAUGGAGGCACAAAAUGUACAUAUAUGCCCAUAAAUAAAUAUAGCAGUAUAUUAAAUUCUGAUAUUUGUUCUGACUUUAAUAGCCAUUGUGUGAUAUAUGUUGCAUAUACAAAUGUGACAUUUUGUAAUCACUCGUAUAUCAUAUAUGUGCAUGUAUUGUCUGCCAUAUAUCAGAUUUUAUAUGGGUGUUCUUAACAAAACCAUAUAACUUUACAUGAUAUAUAUAUAUUAGUACAUUUCUAUAUUUCUUUUUUAAAAGAGUGAUGUGUUGUUUUUUAUAAUAAAUAAAUAAUGUAAUGCAAUCUCGUGUAAUGCGGUAUGUCUCUGUAUCCUGUAUCAUGCAAGUUAAUAAAGAUAUAAAUGAAUUGACCUUGUGAGGUCGUGAUGGACCUGCUCUGUGAUUGGUUCUUGCUGGUGACAUCAUACGGAGACAUUUGCAGUACCAACAGUGAGGACUGCACACACACACAUACAGUAUACACACGUCUGUGCAGUCUCCUCCGUUACACACAUGUCGUCAUUAUGAGAUUGCGUAACGUAAAGCAGAACACUCGAGCGCCGUUGCAUAACAUCUGCUUCAAAAGGAGAUCUCUGAAUGUGUCUGAAGAUAAACACAAUGCAACUGUGACGUCCAGAAUGAAAUGUUUAACCCUUGUGUGACCUUCGGGACAUUUUAUCUGUGUUAAUGCCAAAGGCAUAAAUUUGGCCACAGGUGUGUAUUUUGGAGGGCAUUUUGAUAUUUCAGUCUCAGUUCCUCUAAUACAUCUAUAAUACACUGUGUACAGACAAUAGUCACACUCGGGACCUUCAGGAUAAAUAUUUCCCCAUUGAAAUCCAUUAAAACUGCAAUAUUUGAUCCCAGUGCCAUUAAAGCAUAAACUCAUGAAUUAUAUGAUAUUAUACUUUCAUUCCAGAGCUCUGCCUUCAAAAUUACAUUUUUUAUAUUUUCCACCAGAUGGCACCAUUUUCCUCAUGUUUAUCCUGUGGAGCAAAUACAAGCUUUUCCCCUAUUCUCUGUUUACUGUAUUAUAGAGACCUGCUGUGAGUGUGCGUGCAUGUGUGAAUGUGCGUGCGUGUGUGCGAGUAUGUGUGUGAGUGUGUGCGUGUGCAUGUGCGAGUGUGUGCCUGUGUGUGAGUGUGUGUGUGUGUGCGAGUGUGUGUGAGCAUGUGUGAGUGUGUGCGAGUGUGUGUGUCUGUGUGCGAGUGUGUGUGUGCGAGUGUGUGUGCAUGUGUGUGUGAGCAUGUGUGAGUGUGUGCAUUUGUGUGCAUGUGUGUGUGUGUGUGUGUAAAAAAACAACAGUGGCAUUAUGUAAACAAACUGGCAUGUAAAGGGUUAAAAUCCUGAAUAUGAAUGAAUAUUUGGUAGUUAUGAUCAGGACUGAUGUUGGUUAAUAAAACCUCCCACUGAAAGUGGAAAAUAAUAUUAUUAUUGCAGUUUUUUGACAUGAACAUUUUUGUCCUCCGAGUGACUUUUUUUUUUAUUGAUGCACAAUAAUGAAUUAUCAAUUAUGAAUCGACACUAUUAAUGUUUUAAUACACAUUGCUGGUGGUAUUGUGUACAAGUUAAAGCAAUAAUGUAAUGCUGGUUAACAAUGUGAUAAAG